UUCCCACCGGAUUAUCCUUUUGUUACCAAUGUUGAACAGAGUAAAUAUCUUUUAUGACGUGGCUGUAUUUUUAUGGAAGUACUCAUUAAUCACCAACAACGGCUGGUUUUUACUGAGCUUUAUUUCGAGAAAAAAAGCGUAGGCAAUUGUGAACGAAACAAACCACACAAAUGUGGAAAUGUUUGCCAGUUACAGUAUCGAGAGCCAAGGAUUCUUUCCCAUUCAACAAAGUGAUUGCAGAAAAAAACAGAAUAUUUUAUCCGUAAUUCACAGUAUGUGCUCCGUGAGGUUUUAGAUUUUGCGCAAAAUUAGACAAAAUUACUGUUCUACAUGUACACACACAAGGCCAUCUGAAUCAAACUCAGAAUAGGCUAUACUAAUGGUGCAAGGACGAGUAAUCGAACACCAUCUGUCCUCCUUGGUGGAAGGAGCCUAUACACGCGAACAUGGCGGGUGACAAGGACCCAUUCAGCCACCUGAAGAGUCUAGCUUUUCUGAAAGGUCAGGUGGAAGAUAUUCGGAAGCAAGUGGAGAAUGAGGUACAGGUUGUAGCCCCGCAGGCAAGUGUGCUGGGCUCCCCCUUCCUCAAGGGCCUCCUGGCAGGAUACAUGGUAGCAAAGCUGCGGUCGUCGGCCAUCAUGGGCGUGCUCGUGGGAACAUGCACAGGCAUCUACACUGCUCAGAGUUACAAAGUGCCCAACAUUGAGCAGACCAUUAAGGACUAUUUUAGCUCCUUUAGGAAAGGCAAAUAGAACUGUGGACACCGGGGUGUGGGGCGGGGAGAACGAACAUGCCGUCUCAAACACCUUUUCUCCUCGGACAUUCCUGGAAGCAGUGUACCAAAGGUCUCACUUCUUUUUUUUUUUAUAGGAAUUUUGCAAUGUAAAGUGAUUGCCAACUGUAAACUAUGCAGGAAGUGUUUAAUUCCAUAUGAGGUGUUAACUGCCAGGCAAAAAACAAAUUUUGUUUAGAGACUUUGUUUAGCACUACACCUGCAGCCGAGGGGCGAGAUUUCCUAAAGCACUGUGACUGUGCUGGUAGGGCCACUGUCACUUUCUGAGCUCUGUACAUCUUUUAUUCCUUGAAUGUCCAAGGUUAAAGUCUACAGAAUUUUGCAAUAUAGGGUGAUUGAAUUAUUCAAAGCACCCAUUAAACCACCGGUGUCCAAUAGCAGUACAGGCAGCUUUGAUCAGUGCCUCCUCCCCUCUCAGGAUAGGUGAUAGUGAUGACCAGGCAUGGGAGUACUACGCACAACCAGUGUCAUCUUCCCAAUAUCUUACGGAUGGAAAAAUUAAUCACAUUUGCCCAUUAUCCUCACUGGUAUUGUUACUAUGCUGUAAUAAAAGGGAACCAACACACACAAUUUUGUAUACCAAGUGUUAUCAGGGAUGGCUGUCAGGCAGUUGAUUUAAACAUUGCUAAUAGACUUUGUUAUGCCAGUGCUAAACAGUGCUGUGACUGUAUCAAGUACCCCUAUUAUUUUUAACAUCUGUAAAUAUGAAGUAAGCUUUCAUAUUUCUUUUCAUUUUUUAUUGUGUAUUUGUAAGGUUGAAGUGUUCUUUUGAAUGUCAUUGUCAUGCUUUAUUUUAGGUCACUUGAUUAUGUUUAAGUAGGUACUGCUCUGCUGUCUGAGUACUGUUACAUCAUGUUGCAUACCA